GCAAGCCCCUAGCGAAGCCACACCCAGACAGCCUGCCACAGAGUACCAACAAUCGCUCGCAAAGACGACGCUCGCAGGGUUGAAGUCAGCCUCGUUGGCCGGUUCUUGGUCACUUUCCGAUUCUUCCCUUUCCACUCAUCCGUCAUGCACGAUCGAUACAUUGUUGCCCACGAAGUUGCAGCCACGAGUACAAGUCAAGUGCUUCUAUGCACGGAGAGGCUCACUGGCCAUCACGUCAUUGUGAAGCGAAUCCAAGUCCAGUUCCUGGCCGGCGUGGACGCAUCCAAAAUGUCGUUGGAACGCCAGAUCCAUCGAAGACUCAGCGCCAACGGUGGCCACCGCCACAUCCUCACCCUUCUCGACGAUUUUUCCGCCGACGGGUUUGACACAUUGGUACUGGAGUACUGCGGCCGAGGUGACCUGUUCACGCUGGUCGAGAACGCGCCGGAUCGACGACUGGCCCCACCGCUCGUCCAAGCGUCAUUCGCUGGUAUUUGCGACGCUGUGCACUUCAUGCACAUGAACGGGGUGGCCCAUGGCGACUUAUCGCUCGAGAACGUCCUCGUGACUGAUUCGGGCACGUUGAAGUUGAGUGACUUUGGCUUGGCGACGCCCAUCGAUACCAUCCAUCGUAACCAGCACGUCGCGGGGAAGGCGUUUUACAUGGCACCAGAAAUGCACGUGGCCCAUGGCACGAACGACCCCGCCAAAGCCGACGUGUGGAGUCUUGGCGUGAUGCUGUUUAUGCUGGUCACGGGCACUCCACCGUUCGAAACGUCGCACGCAUCCGACUCGUCGAUGCAGUUUGUCGCGACCAAAGGGUGCCGAGCGCUGUGUGCUGCAUGGCAUCUCGACGACGUCAUCCCAGCGGACGCCAUGGACUUGCUCGAGAACAUGCUUGUGAUUGACCCUGCAGAGCGAUGGACGAUUCAAGAUGUUGUGAAUCAUGCGUACGUUCGGCACAACCCACUCGCCCACGACAUGCUGGCUUUGCAUCCCGACCUGGAACUGCGUGCCGCUCAGCCGGCAGCUGUUCCGUUGCUGCAGCUCGCCCAUUAACAAGCACGGCAACGUGUCGCCUUUGCAUAACUUAACUGGAGUAUUUAUCGUAUCUCGGUGGUUGCUUG